GUUCAACCUCGCUUUGAGCUAACGCUCGUCUAGCUUUUUUUUGUCGAUGGCAUGGUGCUAGUAGCUACGGCAGAAAUAUCGUUGUCACGAGAAAUUACGAAUGCUUAAAGUUAAUUCUGAUAUCUAAUGGAAAAUAGUUGACUAAGGCGGAUUCCUGAAGUACAUGACAGCCAUCACUUCUUUAACAAUUCAGCACCAAGCCUCACAUUUUGAGGUUGCAAAAUCUGCCCCAAGGUUAGCUAGCUAGCGGGCUAACGAUAGCCGAUUAACGCUACUAGUUGAGCUAACGGUAACUCCGUAGCCAGUUAACAAGUUACUAAGUCUUGAAUUCGUCGGAGUGAUUAGAAACCGACCAUAAUAGAGGAAUAGCAUGGCCGAAGCCGAUAAGUUGAACAUCGACUCCAUUAUACAACGUCUGCUGGAAGUGAAAGGCUCCAGACCUGGCAAAAAUGUUCAGCUGACAGAGAAUGAAAUCCGUGGUCUCUGCCUCAAAUCCCGGGAGAUCUUCCUCAGCCAGCCAAUCCUGCUCGAACUUGAGGCGCCCCUCAAGAUUUGUGGUGAGGCUUAUUCUCCAGGCCUGUCCCCGGACCUCCAGUCUAUGGAGCAGGUGCGAAGGGUCAUGCGCCCCACUGAUGUGCCUGACCAGGGCCUUCUAUGCGACCUGCUGUGGGCUGACCCGGACAAGGAUGUCCUGGGCUGGGGUGAGAACGACCGUGGUGUCUCCUUCACCUUUGGCGCUGAUGUGGUCACAAAGUUCCUCCACAAACACGACAUGGACCUCAUUUGUCGGGCCCAUCAGGUGGUCGAGGACGGAUAUGAGUUCUUUGCAAAGAGGCAGCUGGUCACACUGUUCUCAGCCCCUAACUACUGCGGUGAGUUUGACAAUGCCGGAGCCAUGAUGAGCGUAGAUGAGACCCUCAUGUGCUCGUUCCAGAUUCUCAAACCUGCAGACAAGAAGCUGUUCUAUGGUGCUGGAGGGAGCUUGGGCUCUGGUCGCCCAGUCACUCCCCCAAGGAAAGCUAAGAAAUGACAGCAGUAGUUUGCCCUCGACCUCCAACCCAUCCCUCCUGCCCUCUCUACCUCUCUUCUCCUUUCUUUCACCAAACAGCCAGAAAUCAAACCUAUACCCAGGGCUUUUUUUCCUUUUUUAUCUGUACUUCUUAAAACAUUUAAUGUUACGAAUUGUCUGAGUGAGUGCGUGCGUGCGUGCGUCAGAUGACAAACACAUCUCGUCUGCCGGGGAGCAUUAUAAUCAUGUGUGCACGUGUACAUUUUGUGUGAGAGUAUUAGAGAUUUAUACUUUCCCCUCUCUCUUACCACUCCUCCAGUGGAAAGGUAAAAACCACAGUGUCUGUCUGUACAGUAAUUUUGACUCAAAAAGCAGGGUUUGGGAGACAGUGGGUGCUGACAUAAUGAAUUUAACAGCAAACCCCUGCCAGCAGGUGGCGUGUGUGUCCUUGUGGAGGGGGGGAAGUAUUUUGUUUUCCCUGUCCUCUGUACUGUAAAAUCUCAAACACAGGUGUGUGCAAUGUGUGUGUGUGUGUGUGUGUGUGCGUGCAUCCGCUGUCUUUCCAUUCUGAGCGUGGCAUAUCGAUAUCCUUGAGCAGGAAGGAGUAUGUCACCUUGUCUCAGAAGAACAAACGCAUGCUUACACCCACACACACACACAACACACGCGCAUAUGACUCUUCAGAUUCAUAUGAGCCAGAGCUGUAAAAAAAAAAAACAUACAGUUUAGGUUUGUACAGAUUUGAUUACUUGAAAGAGAUUUUUUGUGAAUUCGUUUUGUAGUCUUUCAUCAAGUUGACCAAUAAAGCGAGAAUCUGAGCUACAAUUUCUACUAGUCAUUGUUAUUGUAAUCGUAUAUCUAGCUAUAUAUUUUGAAGUGGAUUUGUAAUUAAUCCCCUGCAAAUAGCUGUUUGUGUAUCUGGUUACCAGUUCUCACAGUACCAAGAGUUGCCCGAGUUUGAACAGUUUAUAGGAUUGAAUUGUUAAAAUUCUGCUUAUUAUGGAACUUUGUUUGUUUCAUCCAGUGUCCUUUCACAUUGACAAUUUAUUGCAAGGAGCUUUUAUUUCAUUACAAUUUUGAAACAAAACCUGCUGGAAUAAAAAAAGUAAAACCUUCA